GGGGUGAGACAUGUUUGGCCGGAGUCCUGAGGGCAGAGUCUAGACCGCUCCCUCAGCGCUGGGCGCCCGCUCACUGCGUGCUGCUGGGCCGCUAGAUCUCGUUGAUUUGCUCUGCUUGGUGCGGGUGCUCUCUCAGAGGCGAGAAGCAGCGGUGUGAGGGCUCAGCACGCUGUGUGGUGCCCAGGCACUGUGUAGGCUGGUGUGUGGUGGACGAGGUGAAGGCAGUCCCGUCUACCAGGAGCCAUGGAGGAUGGGCCUGAUUCUGUCUGCAUGCUGGGCAUAGAUCUGGGUACAACCUCUGUGAAGGCUGCCCUGGUGGUAGGGACAGAGCGAGGGCAGGUGGUGGCAGAGAGCUGCUCCAGAGAGACACAGGCCUACACCAGCAGUGUGGAAGCUGGACUGCAGGGAAUGGAGCAGGACAGCCGGAGGAUAAUAAGAGCCCUGAAUGAAUGCCUCGCUGCUCUCCCUCAGCAGCAGCUUCAAAGAGUCAGUCACAUUGGCAUUUCAGGGCAAAUGCACGGGAUUGUAUUUUGGAAAAGAGAUCAAGGUUGCAAGUGGGCAGAGGGUGGUACUGGCCCUAUCUUUGAGCCAGAGGAAGUCAGUCAUCUGGUUACUUGGCAAGAUGGCCGCUGCAGUCCUGCCUUCCUCUCUUCUCUUCCUCUGCCACAGUCACAUAUCAGCUUGGCUACAGGAUUUGGGUGUGCCACCAUCUACUGGUAUUUAAAGCAAAGUCCAGACUUUCUGAAGUCUUAUGAUGCAGCUGGUACUAUCCAUGACUAUGUGGUUGCCAUGUUGUGUGACUUGAAGAAGCCACUUAUGUCUGUCCAGAAUGCCGCCAGCUGGGGAUAUUUUAAUUCCAGAAACAAAAGCUGGAAUACUGACAUAUUGAAAAAGUCUGGCUUUCCUGUUCACUUGCUUCCAGAGGUGGGAGACCCUGGCAGUAUUGCAGGCAGGACAAUCUGUGCAUGGCAUGGAAUACCCAAGGGAACAAAAGUAGGAAUUGCUCUGGGAGACUUCCAGUGCUCUGUUUAUUCCUGUCUGACUGAAAGAACUGAUGCAGUUCUCAAUAUCAGCACCUCUGCUCAGCUGACUAUCUCGAUGCCCUCGGGUUUCCAGCCGCCGGAGACGCCAGAUCCUUCCUCAGCUGUCACUUACUUUCCUUACUUUGAUGGUGACUACUUGGCAGUGGCAGCAUCACUUAACGGGGGCAACGUGCUAGCAACGUUUGUGGACAUGGUGGCACGGUGGACAGAAGAGCUGGGGUUUCAGAUUCAAGAGUCUGCCAUCUAUGCAAAGAUAAUCAAAGCAGCCUUGGACCAAAAUGACAGCCAUCUCUCAGUCCGCCCAACCUUAUUUGGAGAGAGACACAUUCCUGACCAGUUGGCUUCAGUCACCAGUAUUGCUGCCUCUGAGCUCUCCCUGGGCCACGUAACCAGAGCUGUGUGCCGUGGCGUCAUUGAAAACCUCUGUUCCAUGUUGCCAGUGCAGCGCCUGAUGGAGACAGGAGUGCGGAGGAUUCUGGGGAGCGGGAGUGCUCUUGCCAGGAAUGAGGUGCUGAGGCAGGAAGUGGAAAGGAUUCUUCCAUUCCCUGUGGUUUAUGGGAAAGAUGUUGAUGCUGCUGUGGGGGCUGCCAUGGUGAUGUUCCACAGAAAAUAAAUUACUGUUUGGAACGGCC